AUCCAAAACAUGCUGGCGCAAAGAUAGUUUGUAGGCCACGUCUACUGCGGUAUUUGAAUAUCUACAAUUGGUGCCGUCUGACUACAUCCCUGUCAGUAAGAUGAAGUUCAGUAGGUUGUAAAUGUGGCGAGGGGGGCGGAUACAGUGGGACUCUCCUCUGCUGUCCUGCGGUAACAUUGUUGUGGAACGACGUCACAGCUCGAAAAUGAAGGCGCAGAGGCAGCCAUUACUGGAGCUUCUCUAAUUAUUUUAUUCCAAAUAAGUACUCGUGAAAAACUCCCAUGGCAAGAGCUACAAGUCAGCUGUAUGAUGUUGUGCCCAUUCAGCCCAGCUGUGUCAUCUGUUCCUGCUCGCAUCCAUCAAUGGUAAGAAACCACCCUGACUCCUGCUCGCCACUUGCUAUCCCAGGCGCAAGCAGUAGCCACUGUCCCAGCAUGGAGGGCUCAGCCUCAGAGGCACGUGGCGUAGGGGUGUCUGCCAGCAGCCAGGUCUCAGACCUCCGCACACAGCCAGCUGUACAGGCGCCUCAGCCACGCAAGAAGAAGCCAGAAGACUUCAAGUUUGGCAAGAUACUGGGAGAGGGCUCCUUCUCAACGGUUGUGCUGGCAAGAGAGCAGGUAACAGGAAAAGAAUAUGCCAUUAAGAUUUUAGAGAAGCGCCAUAUUAUGAAGGAGAACAAAGCCCAGUAUGUGAAAAGAGAAAGGGAUUUGAUGUCAAAUCUAGAUCACCCCUUCUUCAUCAAGCUCUACUUCACAUUUCAAGAUGAUGAGAAGUUGUAUUUUGGUCUCAGCUACGCUAAGAACGGAGAGCUUCUGAAAUACAUUCGCAAAAUUGGUUCGUUUGAUGAGACCUGUACUAGAUUCUACUCAGCUGAAAUAGUUUGUGCUCUAGAAUACUUACACAAUAAAGGGAUAAUACACAGAGAUCUGAAACCGGAGAAUAUUCUUCUGAGUGAGGAGAUGCACAUCCAAAUAACAGAUUUUGGGACAGCAAAACAGUUAUCAUCAGACAGUAAACAAGCGAGAGCAAACUCCUUUGUUGGAACAGCACAGUAUGUGUCUCCAGAGUUGCUAACAGAGAAAUCAGCGUGCAAGAGCUCUGACCUCUGGGCCUUGGGUUGUAUUAUCUAUCAGCUGGUAGCUGGUUUACCACCUUUCAGAGCUGGAAAUGAGUACUUAAUUUUCCAGAAGAUAAUAAAGCUGGAGUAUGAAUUCCCAGAGAAAUUCUUCCCCAAAGCCAAGGAUCUUGUCAAACAGCUUUUGUCACUGGACCCUUCUAAGCGGCUUGGAUGCGAGGAGCUGGGAGGUUUUGACCCUUUAAAGCAGCACCCAUUCUUUGAUAGCAUCUCCUGGAGUGAUCUACACCUACAGACACCCCCCAAGCUCACCCCCUAUCUCCCAGCAAUGUCUGAGGAUGAUGAGGACUGCUAUGGAAAUUAUGAUGACCUCCUAAGCCAGUUCAGCAACAUGCAGGUGGCCCAGUCCAGCUCAUCGCACUCCCUGUCACCACACGAAUCCACACCCCCACAGAGGUCCAGCAGCAACAUUGAGCAGUACAUCCAUGACCUGGAUAAUAACUCCUUUGAGCUGGACCUUCAGUUCACUGAAGAGGAGAAGCAGUUAUUGCUGGACAAACAGACCACAGGAAACCCCUGGCACCAGUUUGUGGAAAAUAACCUGAUUUUGAAAAUGGGUCCAGUGGAUAAACGAAAGGGUCUGUUUGCUCGACGGAGACAGCUGCUUCUCACUGAAGGACCACACCUGUACUAUGUGGAUCCUGUCAACAAGGUUUUGAAAGGGGAGAUUCCUUGGUCCCUAGAGCUACGCCCUGAGGCCAAGAACUUCAAAACUUUCUUUGUUCACACGCCUAACCGAACAUACUAUUUGAUGGACCCCAGCGGAAAUGCUGACAGAUGGUGCAAGAAGAUUCAGGAAGUGUGGAGAAAGAUAUAUCAAAGGCACCAAAACCCUGGUCUAUAGGAGCACCGUGUCUCCUGUAGCCACUCCUCUCUAGCUCUGAGGCCAAUCACCGAGCAGAGUAACACCCUCCUUAGUGCCCUUCAUCACCGCAAUGUAAACAAACUCUUAGAGACGCUGGCAUCUAGACCUUGUUUGAUUUCCUGAGUAGAACCAUGGGAAAAAUACAACUUUGGAUUCAGGGUU